AUGGCGCACGAUACAUCCAACGUUUCGAGUCCUGCUACCGAGCCUCCACCAUCUGUCAUUCAGCCUAUGUUUAGUUCUUCCCCGCAGCAUAUCCCAACUUCCCCCGCCUCAGAACCAAGACGCUCUGUCGGUAACGUGUUGUCUGGUCCGAAGGAUCGACCAGGUACCAAGGCCGAGCGUGCACGCAAGGAGUUCACCAUGGCCGAGCGUGCACGCAAGGAGUUCAACAAAAUCGUUUGUGACAAGGUGGAAAUCAUGAGGAAUCAGGCGGGGGCGCAUGGGCCGCAUCGAAAGGGCAGUUCUAAGCCCAAAGGACCACCAGUGGGGGCCAAGUCUGGUCAGCAGGUCACUGAUUGGGUCACGGUGCCGCCAAAGAAGUUGCCUAAACAAAUUCAAAGCCUCACAUCUGCGCAAGCCCCCUCGAAAGCCAGCGUUCAAUCGGCCCACCGUUUCCCUACUCCCGAUGACUUCAGACGGACCGGAAGGGAUGGGGCUGUUAUUGAUCCUGCUCUGUCUGAGGAUGAGAACGGGUCUGCUGAGGAGCAACACGUGAAUGAGACUUUGACACCUCAGGCAGCUGAAAACGUAAAUGCCGUGGAGGCCGCCUUGAAAAAGAAGUCCUUCAAGUCCCCUGGCCAAAAGGCCACCAGCUCUGGCUCGGGCAAGAUGACUCCCAAGGUUGUCAUUCAGAAGUCCGCCAGCCGUCGGGAUCAGUCAAAUGGUCGUCACAUCCAUGAAGGCCAACGAUUCAACUCUAAGUUGUUAGCGGCAGCGUUGGCUCGUCAUGAGGAGGCCACCAGAGGUAUGGACUCACCUGAUAACAUGAUUCCUGUGGGUAACGGGGAACUUAUGAGCUUGGACGAGUGCAGGGCGUUUCUAGAUCGUUUUCCUAAUAUCUCACCUGGAGGAGGUGCGACUCCCACUAAGGCUCUUUCGACUGGGUCGUCAGGGAAAGCUGCUCAGACAUCCUCCUCGUCGACUCCUGCUGUGGCGGCCAUGCCCAAUAUCCCGGACGUGACUCCACAUGAUCCCAACAGGCGUGGCGCUCCGAAGAAUCCAAAACCUUACUUGACCACUGACUCCCCAUCGGACUCGACUCCUCUACACAGAGGUAUGAUGAAUCGGACUCCUUCGACCACCAGCUCAAUCAAUAAUGCUAUGCUGGCCAACCUGGCGACGGCCUCCAUAGAUCAGUUGAAAUCUAUGCGUCGAAUUUGCUCGAGAACGAAGGAAAUGUUAUCAACGAGUGUAUCUGAGAUUCGCGCAGAGGACUUGCAUUUGUUGGUCCCGGGGGCGUAUGGCUUCCAGGAUCGUCACCUCAGAUUAAUGACCAGAUAUUGUAGUCAAUUGGACGAAAAAAUUGCGGAGGCGGAGAACGCUGGUAUAUCCGACUCCAUUGAAGUUAUUGACUUGACUACGGACGAUCCGCAGGAUAACGAUCCUUCAAGCUCUUCAGUUCUGGAGAGGUCCAAGAUUCUCAGCAGGCCGUCAGAAAAGUCCGCCUCUGAUGCUAGUCCUGUGUUGGCCAAGAAAAUCCGACCUUCUGUCUCAACGGCUCCUCCUGGGCAGUACAUUCAGCCGAAUCUCCCACCCUACUCAUUCCGAGACAUUCCUGAUAAAGACCUGUUGGCUGGGAUCGCGCCCAAGUUUCCCGUCAACAGACAGCCUAGCAUAUCGGAGUUCACAUCCCAAUUCCAACCAAAUCUUUCCUUGCCAUACUCUCCCAUCGGUGCCGGCGGGGUCCACCAUGGGUCUUCUAGCAAGCCAAGGGCCCCUGGCGUGAAUAACUCCAUUCACGGUGAUCCCGGCGUCACAGACAUCCAGCUGCCAAUCACCCAAGCCUCUGACAAGAAUACGGUACCUACCCCUGGUCUGUCGUCCUCCCCACGUCCCGGAAUUCUGCCGACUGGCCCCACGUCUAAGUCUGGUGAUGUGCAUAAGGCCCCUCAACCGCCUGCUCCAGCGAUUUCGUCGAACGACCCCAACUCGAGGUCCGGGGUGGUGCAUAAGGCCUCUCAGCAGGCAGGGACAAGGCCGGUUCGACUCGAUCAUCCAAAGAAGGGGAAGUCUUCCACGGCCCUUUUGGCAACCUCGGCCGAUGGUGUUCCUCCUAAGGAUUCAGCAAGGGACUCAGUGGUCGACGACACAUCUGGUGACCCGGUUUCAAAGGCCUCUGAGAAGGAGGGACGCAGCUUCAAAUCUCCGACGAAUACUAAGGAGAAGAGUGGCCAUAUUCAAAAGGCUGCUGAUGUGUCUCCGACCGGGGCUGACUUGGAUGAUGAGGCUAUGGAGGCGGAGCCUGAACCAAAGAAGAAAGUCAGGGGCAAGGGAUUGGGUAAAGGCCACGGGAAAGCCAAGGAGAAAGCCGAGAAAACGCCCAAGAAGAAAUUGGCGGAUAUGACUCCGGAGGAGAAGGCGGCUCGACAGGAGGAGCGGAAGGAGAAAGCAAAAGCUAGGAAGGAGGAGAAGGCUAACUCUGUACAUGCGAUACCGCCUCAGCCUGGUAAUCUGCUAGCUCCAAUGUGGACACCGAAAGAGUGUGAAGAGGCUCGCAGGGCCCACAAGAAGAUGCUGAUAGAUUCAAGGAACCCUCAGUGGGACUUUGGACCCGAACUUAUGGACCUGGUUGCGGAUAUGAUACUGACUUUCAAAGAUGACGUACAGGCGGACAAAUUUUACACCAAAUCUCCCCAGUUCACCCCUGAGCCUCAUAUGACUGAUGCGAUUCUAGAAGUAUUUGAGGGGGAUUUCCCUGGUUUGAUCAUGAAAAGCCCAAGGCUUUUGCAGGUGGAUGCAGGGGAUCCUUUCUGGAAGAAGGAAGCGGUAGAUUUAUCUAUUAUCAAAAAGGCGCACGAUUCAAAAGACUCAGUCAAGGCCGCCUCUUGGAUUACGUUGUACGGAAUGAUGCUCCGGGUCGACCACUAUGCUGACUAUACCGAAGACACAAACACUGUGAAACUAUUUGAGGCUGCCUUCCGCAAGAUUCACACGUUGACGGUCUCGAGCUUUAACGAAUUCCAUCGCUAUGUGGUACCUUCGGAGAAACCGGUCGACAAGAGCAUUCCCUCUUUCAAGCAAGAUACUGCCCUCCAAGCUGGUCGAUUUGUGAUCAACAAAAUCAAAUCUCUGAAAGUUGGCGCGGCAACCUCGGCUCAUCACGGCAACGCUCGAACAGGUAAUGGCUUGAUGUUACUGCAGAAGCGGAUAUGGGACACUCUGCUGUGUGUGCUCAUGAUGCAACAGUCCCUUUUCCAACAAGACCUGGAGCACUGUAUCCAGACCGGCACCUAUCCGAACCAGACCAUGCUUGUAUCUCAACAUAUGUCUGCUAAUAAGCGAGCACAAAGCUUAUACAAACACGGGGACGUCAAAGACACGAAAAACGCUAAGGCGAUGAAGGAAUGGGGAGAGGAUCGAUUGGCGGCUUUCGGAUCAAUGGCGAUCUUUUUUCUGUACGGGGCGGCGGGAUGGUGGCAAUUCCUGACGGACUCCCAUCACUACAAUCAAAAGGACGUAUGGGUCCUGGUCCAUCUGGCCAAAGGGAAAUCAGACUGGAUCUACAAAAAUGGACACCUCAUCAAGCGUCGACCUGAAGAUACUCCUUGGUACAGGAUCGAUAGUUUUGUUCGUUGGCUCCUUGUCAAGACGAAUAUGCACGUACGGAUCUCGGACAAAGUCGAUUGGGAGGCUGCUCCCAAAUUCUGGGCUAAACAUGUCACAUCUCAAAACAUCGCCCGACUGGCUCUGCAAGACGUACUAUCUGAAGUCUGCUUGGAUACCCCGCUCAAGUCUUUCAAUUUCAAUGGGGAGCCUGCGCCUGACGUCGAAUUGGAUGAAGAUGUGCAAGAUUCGGUCGAGAUGUGUCGAGUCAAGCUUACUGCAGGUUGGCAAGGACUAAUCGAGGGCACUACUGAUCGUGUUGAUCCUGCGGAUGGGGAAAUAAGUGUUGGGUCGAGCCUGACGGAAGAAGAAGACGAAGAGGAGGCGGAAGAAGAAGACGAAGAGGAGGCGGAAGAAGAAGUGGACGAUUCGGAGGAAGGAGAGUCUGAGGAAGAGGGGGAGUUCCGUGCGCCACGGCCUUCUGGCAAGCGUGUUCACCAGAAGAUCCCUUCGUCCUCUAGCUCAGAAUCUGGGACUGGUCCGGAGGAUGAAGACACCGACCCUCACAGGUCUGAUUCAGAUGGUGGGGUUGAGGAGAGACAAAGAAGACGACGUGAACAUCCUUUCAUCCACUACACUUCCAAGGUCCAAAAGUCUUGA